AAGAAAGCAGCGAAAAAAUGGCCACACAAACAGAUACCACCAAUUGCACUCUCCGCCAUAUACACCAAAAUCCAUCCAAACAUUACAUUCAUUACCCAUAGAUAAGAUUUUUUGUCAUUGCCGCAAACACCUACCCCAUUUCUUCUCACUUUCUUUCUCUAAUGAACUUGACGCUAAAGGAAGGUUGAAAGAGGGAAAUAUUUUAGGGUUAUUUUUCUUAGUCUAAGCGUUUUUUAAGACUGCAUGAGUUUGACGAAACUUAAUUGGUUUUCCUUCAAGUUCCACAGCUUGAAGUUUCACAAGAAGCGUAAAUUAUGGUUAUUAUUUCGCCCACCUUUAAUUUUCAUUUCACCAAAUUACCCCUUCAUCCUUCGUCUUCAUCUCGAUUUCGCCAUCGCUUCACUACUUCUCGACGCUUUAAACUCAAUUACUACCCUCUUAUCUCUCACAGAUUUAGUUGUUUAAGUUCGAAAUGUUCGAUUACAAAUACGGAUAUACAUUUGGAAUUGGAUCAUGUUAACAUCAGUAAUGAGGAACAGAGUGAGGGAGAGUGUUCAAUUGUUGAACCUGAAUGUCCUGUGCCAAUUAAACUCAAUACUGACAUUUUGGAGAAUGAGUGUUUGAACUUACUCUCUGAAACCACGUUUGUAGAUACUCUCUUGACAUCGUUACCUGUUUUGUCUGAAGAGGAACAGCAUGCUCUUGCAGCUAUUCCAGCUCACCCUGCCGGGUUACAUGCUUUCUAUAGUAGCUGCAUUGUUGCAAAUUUUGUGGAGCAGCUUUGGAAUUUUGCUUGGCCUUCUGCCAUUGCUUUGAUUCAUUCAAGCCUCUUACCAGUUGCUGUGAUGGGUUUCUUCACCAAAGUGGCUAUAAUUGUUGGUGGCCCUUUGGUUGGCAAAGUAAUGGACCAUUUGCCCAGAGUGCCUGCAUAUAACUGCUUAACUAUCAUUCAGGCAGCUACUCAGUUGCUAUCCGCAGCUAUGAUUAUCCAUGCUCAUUCAGUGCCUCCUACUUCAGUGUCUACUUUGCUUCUGCGUCCAUGGUUUGUCAUAUUGGUUUCAGCUGGGGCUAUUGAGAGGCUCUGUGGUGUAGCUUUGGGGGUUGCAAAUGAGCGUGACUGGGUUGUGCUGUUGACAGGAGUGAAUAGGCCAGUCGCACUUGCACAGGCAAAUGCUGUUCUAAAUCGAAUUGAUCUCUUAUCUGAGAUUGCUGGAGCAUUGCUGUUUGGAGUCCUUCUUUCCAAAUUUCAUCCUGUAACCUGCUUAAAAUUUGCUUCUGGUUUAAUGAUGGGAUUACUUCCUGUUACAAUUGUUUUAACAUGUUUAGCCAACAAGCUUUCUACUGGUGUUCUUGACCGGCCUAAACCAUCACAAACCUGUUGCAGAUCAUUCAGUGAAGAUUCUGCACCAGAUGCUGACAGUAUAGUGGUUAAAGGUCUGGAAGCCAUCAAGCUCGGCUGGAAGGAGUAUCUAGGUCAGCCUGUUCUUCCUGCUAGUAUUGCGUGGGUGCUCCUCUACUUCAAUAUUGUUCUCACACCAGGCAGUUUGAUGACAGCAUUUUUAACACAGCAGGGCUUACAUCCAUCUAUCAUUGGAGGAUUUAGCGGAAUGUGUGCUUUUAUGGGUGUGGCAGCAACAUUUGUGUCUUCAACUCUUGUCAAGCAAUUUGGCAUUUUAAAGGCUGGGGCAGUCGGGUUGGUGUUUCAAGCUUUACUUCUCAGCAUGGCUGUUGCUGUAUAUAUGAGUGGAUCAAUAUCACAUCAGAGUCCACUUCUUGUUUUCUUGUUUCUGAUUAUUUUGUCACGGCUAGGACACAUGUCAUAUGAUGUUGUAGGCGCACAAAUUAUCCAAACCGGUAUCCCAUCAUCUAAAGCAAAUCUCAUUGGGACAACAGAAGUUGCUGUUGCAAGUUUGGCAGAGUCUAUAAUGCUUGGUGUCGCAAUAAUCGCAAACGAUCCUUCUCAUUUUGGAUGUUUAGCUAUGUUGUCUCUACUAUCCGUGGUCGGUGCAGCAUGGAUGUUCUGUAGAUGGUUAUCAAAUCCAACAGACGAACAAAAAAGCCUUUUUUCUUAUUAUCCUCAUUAUUGAUAUUUAUGAAAUUCUGUUUGUGCAGUUGUUCCAUUACCUGCCUUAUUGCAAAGAGUGGUGGAUGUGGACAAGAACUAAGAUAUUUUGGAAACAAUUAGCAUGGUGUGUGAUUUAUAUUAUACUAGUGCACAUAGCAAAUUGAAUUAGUUAGGUAUUUAGGUCUACCAUGCAUAAACGUUUUGUAAAGCAUUUCUUGAUUUUUGAAUUCUUUUCUUGGGUUUAGAAGUGUAAACAGAUUUGCCGCCGGAUUGCGGUGAUUCUGAUAGGGUUUAAUAAUUUCAUAGGGAAAUCUCAUGUGCUCACUAUUAUUUGAAUUUGAGCAAAGUGUUCAUUUUGAGGAAAUGGGAGCAGAUAUAUUAUGUAUGAUUUUUUAUUUGAAAAAAGUGGUGGUUGGAAACCUGAGACUGUGAUCAUAAAUGUACAGUGAGUUGUGCUCAUAUUUAUAUAGAUUAAAUUAAAUCAA